AGUUUUCUUGUUCGGAAAGUUUAAACCCUACUGAAAAAUCUGCAUAAACCCCACAACCGCAUUGCUUUCUUCUCGUCGCCGUUGAUCGAAUUUCCAAAUUAGGAAAUGAGAACGAAGAACAUGAAAGUUCCAAACGUUCCCGGUGGUGGUGCUGCCUCUGCACUGAUGAAAUUGGGAAUUCUUGGUGGAAUUGGCUUGUAUGCUGCUACUAACAGUCUUUACAAUGUUGAAGGAGGUCACCGAGCUAUUGUUUUCAACCGUCUAGUUGGUGUCAAAGACAAGGUUUAUCCUGAAGGGACACACUUUGUAAUUCCAUGGUUUGAGAGGCCAGUCAUCUAUGAUGUCCGUGCGCAUCCCCAUCCUAUUGAGAGUACAUCAGGGAGUCGUGAUCUCCAGAUGGUGAUAAUUGGGCUUCGAGUCCUUACUCGUCCUUUGCCCAACCAGUUACCUACAAUUUAUCGGACCCUUGGAGAGGAUUAUAAUGAGAGGGUUUUACCUUCGAUCAUACAUGAAACUUUGAAAGCUGUGGUCGCCCAGUACAAUGCCAGCCAGCUUAUUACACAACGAGAGGCUGUUAGUCGUGAAAUCCGGAAGGUUCUGACCGAGAGGGCAGCCAACUUCAAUAUUGUCCUUGAUGAUGUGUCCAUUACUAGCCUGACCUUUGGAAAGGAGUUCACUGCUGCAAUUGAAGCUAAACAGGUGGCUGCACAAGAAGCUGAGAGGGCUAAAUUUGUUGUUGAAAAGGCUGAGCAAGACAAGAGAAGUGCUGUAAUUAGAGCACAGGGUGAGGCUAAAAGUGCUCAACUGAUUGGACAAGCCAUUUCCAACAAUCCAGCUUUCAUCACACUGAGGAAGAUAGAAGCUGCGAGAGAGAUUGCUCAUACUAUAUCAAAGGCAGCAAACAAGGUUUACCUGAAUUCAGAUGAUCUUUUGCUGAAUCUUCAGGAGAUGAAUUUGGAGCCUGGCACGAAGUGAGCUGGUUAAUCUGUGUAUGGUUCUCUCUAACUUUCAAGCAUAAAAAAGAUCAAUUUCAGAAUUUAAUAUUUCGUGAAAAGUCUCCUGAAUUAUGAUAUAGGUUUGGGAGAGUGAUCAUCUGAGAAUGAGACAAACAAAUUCUUCACGUUACAUAAAAUGAAAUACCUUCAGCUAGCUACUGAAUUUGUCAUCCUGAUUUUAUUUUGCUGCCGUAAAUAAUGGAUUGUUGAAAUUUAUAUUUUGCGCAGUGAAUCUUGACCAAUGAGUUAGACAGUGAAUUAAUUCUAGUACAAAAAGGUUUGUUUGUCUGUAUA